GACCAUUACUUAAUUGCUCUGCUUACGACCUGACACUACUUAGUACUUAAUAAUAUUCCCCAAACCAUAAUGGCGAGAAAACCCACAGAAUACACUGAUAACUGUAACGAGCAAGCUCUGAAUCAGGAUUCAGGAAAGGGAAGAAUCAAUCAGGAAACAACUGAGACCUCAGCCCCCCCAUGGCCACUGACUUCAAGUCAAUCCCUAUCAUCGAUAUCGGUCCUUUACUGUCGAAGAGCGAUGACCCGGAUAUGGGUUCGGACCCGGGUGUGGCUCAAGUUGUCGAACAGCUGGAUCGGGCUUGUAGGGAAGCUGGCUUCUUCUAUGUGAAAGGCCAUGGCGUUCCAGAUCCCCUAGUGAAGGAGGUCAGAAGUAUAGCACGCAAGUUUUUCCAUCUUCCCUAUGAAGAGAAGCUUAAAAUCAAAAUGACACCAGAAGCUGGAUACAGGGGAUAUCAGAGGCUUGGAGAGAAUAUAACCAAAGGUGUUCCUGAUCUGCAUGAAGCUAUCGAUUGUUACACAGAAAUAAAACCAGGGAGGUAUGGAGCUCUUGGAAAGCCUAUGGAAGGACCUAACCAAUGGCCACAGUAUCCGCCAAACUACAAAGAACUGAUGGAGGAGUACAUAAGCCUAUGCUCAGGCAUGAUUUUUUGUCCACUCUUUACCUUCGUUUGUUCGUCUGAACUAUCGAGGAAGAUCAUGCGAGGAAUUGGUUUGGCAUUGGGUGGAUCGCCGUCGGAGUUUGAAGGCGAUAGAGCUGGAGAAGCGUUUUGGGUGACGCGGAUCAUAGGUUACCCUGGUGUACCUGAUGCAAAUGGAGAUAACAAAACUGACAAUGAUGUGGGAUGUGGAGCUCACACCGACUACGGUUUGGUGACGUUGGUCAAUCAGGAUGAUGAUAUAACUGCACUUCAGGUGAGGAAUCUGUCUGGGGAAUGGAUAUCUGCUCCUCCGAUACCCGGGACAUUCGUGUGCAACAUUGGGGACAUGUUGAAGAUUUGGAGCAACGGUCUGUAUGAGUCCACUCUCCAUCGAGUUGUCAAUAGCAAUGCCAAAUUUCGUGUCUGUGUUGCUUACUUCUAUGAGCCAAACUACGAUGCCGCCGUGGAGCCCUUAGACUUUUGCAUCCAGAAGAGUGGUGGUGUUAGGAAGUUGGGAAAAGCUGUUUAUGGAGAACAUUUGGUCGCCAAAGUUCAAACCAAUUUCGCCUGAAAUGUCUCUGACGUUGGUUCAUACUGAUGUUGUACUAUGGUUUUAUAACUUUCAUUGCAAUGUACUAUGUAUAGUCUUUUCUCAGAAGCACAUUUUCGGAAUAGUUCAAGAAACCUAGAAUAAAAACAAGAGGAGAGCCCAUAGGAGUAACCCUUCCAAUGGUGAGAAUAUAACAAUCUGAAGUUUCCUGUCAAAUGGUCUACAAAACAUACAAGUGGGCUAAUUCCCAUCCCACAACCCGGGAAGACGAAACCAGAAUGGGUACUACGAAGUAAGAACAUCAACAGAAAACCUGCAGGCUGCCAUCCUAUGAAUCACAGUACAAACUGAACAUACACUGUAUAGGUUAUACACCGUACCUUGUUCAUGACGAGAGGAUGAAUAUUGAAUAGAACAGCCAGCUGCUCUUAAUUCAACUAGCAGAAGUUCUAGGACUUGGCUACACCCUUAUCCUUGAGGUAAAGCGGAAUCCUCCCGCCUAGCUUCUUGAGACGAUCCACCAUAUCAUACAAAAAUUCAAAGGUCAGCUUGGAUUGUGCAUUCAGAUCCUCUCUAACAUGAGGAUGAACCCUGAACCACUCCCCCAGCAUCUUAUGCACAUGGGAACGGAUCAUUCUCCACGGCACUGGGUACUCUUCGCACAGCUUCAAAUACUCCACAACCAAAUCAGCCUGGUCGAGCAAUCCAUCUCUGUGCAUUUCUUCUUCCCCGCCAGGGGAAACCCAUUCAGGAGUCCGGUAUCCAGCAAACACCGCUGGAUUCUCGAGCAGAGUCUCGGCCGAGAGCACACCUUCCACGCCUGUCUCAUCCAAACAGUCGUGAACGUCUUCCAUGUGGCGGAUGUUGCCAUUGGCAAGAACAGGAAUUCUCACUGCUUCUCGUACGGCUUUAAUGACUUUCCAGUCGGCCCUGAACUUCUUCCCAUCCUUUUCGUCUCUUGUUCGGCCAUGGACUGCCAGCACCCAGCACCCAGCUUCCUCCAACAUCUUCGCGUAGCUAAUUGUAUCCUCCAAUUUGGGGAAGAUUCGGAUUUUACAAGAGACACGGAUGUGGUUCAGGGCCAGCUUUUCAACCAGGGACUUGACGAGUGGCAGGUUGUCCAUUAGAAAAGCUCCGUAAUACCCUCGCCUGGCAAUCCGCUGAGGGCAACCGAAAUUUAUAUCGACAUAGUCGCAAUGAGGCUGCACCCUCCCAGCAGCUUCAAGCAAGGUGUCUGGAUCAUUGGCACAAAAUUGAACGAAAAGCGGCCGAUCCUCCUUGCAAGUGGUGAACUCUUGGCUGCGGUACUUCUCAUUCUCGGUGAAAAUCCUCGAAUGAAGCAUUGGAGUGUAAGCAGCUUCUGCACCGUACUUUCUGCAGAGCAUCCGAAAGGGGAGCUCGGAAUUGUCCACCAUCGGAGCAACGAUGAACUUGGGGCGACCAAGCUCGAUCCAAUGCGCCCAUGCUCGUUCCGCCCGGGACUCCCCGGUAAGGUAACCGUUGGGCGAAGGGGAGACGCCGAAUGCCGCGGUUGAAGUGUCCUCUUCUUCUGUUUGGGCUGCGUCUUGGUGUUGGAGAGGGCUGCUGGAACAGAGUGAAUCGUCGGGAGUGGGAGGUGGGUCAAGAACUUGGGUGCCGGAAGAAGCCAUGAGAGGUCUGGUUAGCGGGAAGAUGAGAGGGUUGGGAGGAGGACGGGGAGAGAAGACGGAUCUCAUCGGCGGGCGACGGGGAGGGAGAAGAAACCCAUCGCCGCCAUUGACGAGGGAUUUUGGGGGGGGAAGGUUUCCCUC